CAAGAUCUUCUGUGUGAAAUAUUUCAAGGUCAAAUUACCUCAUGCUGUUUUAAAAAUGAAAUGAUAAUAUCGUGUGUGAAUUUUAACUUCCAUUCUACCGGUAUGUAUGUAAGAAUAAAUUCCAACACACUUGUUCAUUCAGGUAAACCGCAGGACAGCAAAUACUCGUGCGUUUUUAUCUUUUAAAUCAUUCAGUUUAAAACCACUCGAUAAAAUUCUUUCUUGGUUAUAGAUAAUCGACAAUCGAUUGAAAAGAGCUAUAUUAUUUCCCAAUUGCGCGUCGUCCAUUGGUGCGUUGGACAUAACCAGAGUAGGAAGAUUAGAUGGUUUUUCCCUGUGCAAACAGGAAAUAAGUGUGUGGGAGAAUAUAUAUACCGCAGUAGGUCCUAGUGAUUUCUAAAUCGGACAUACAGAUUACGACACGAUGACAUCGUCAGGAAAUAGUUCCGCGCAUACAGAUGAUGCACAUGGACAUCAGAACAGCCAUCACCUCCCCCUGGCUUCAUCUUCAAAAACAAUUACGAAGAAACAUAGCAAACUCAAGAAUCUUACUUUCGGAAUUUCUUUCUGUGCCAAUGUUUUCUUUCUUGGAGUGAUAUUUUGUUGGGUCAUCCUGGAAAGCCUUAGGAGCAAAGAUAUCCCCGGAGAAAACCAGCCCCCCUCGGCACUGGAGGAUGACGUCUUCUACUCGUGUUCCCCUUGUUCACCAAUGAUGAAGGCUGAUGACGUUGAUAUGAACCUGAAGAUGGGGAAUGCAUCCCACGUGUGCUGUAGAAAGAUCAGCACGAGCAUCAAACUUCAGGAACCAAAUACGGGUCAACUUUUAGAGAAAUGUCAGUCCAGAGGUAGUAAUGGUACUACGGGGGCCCUGUUAUACAUAGACCUAUCCCACAACCCUUGUACCUCAGGUUUACACUGGGUCGUCGGAAAGGGUUCAUCCUAUAUGAGGGGUGGUGUGAAAUAUGAAAACCUCACAGAUUAUGGCAGACUUGUUGUUCCAACGGACGGAAUGUACGCAGUGUAUAGUUACAUACAAUUUGACUCGUACACAGGGGAGAUCACACUGAACAGACCGAAGCCGGAGAUGCAUGUGCUGUACAGAAAUGGAGAUCAGUUGAUACACAUGAACAAGUUCAUGCUGCGACAGACGAGUUACACUAAAAGUCAAGUAGGACCGAUUUUGGUGCAGUUAAAAGCUGGAGAUAAAAUCCAUGUCGUUGUGAAAAAGACCCAGUUUAUUUACAAUGACGAUCAAUUGAGUGUUUUUGGCCUGUAUAAAUUAUGAGUUUUUGGACUGAAAUGUUGAGUCAAUAGAUUUGGAGUCCUAUCCUCCUCAUUGAGAGAUUCGAAAGGAAUGAAAAAAGAGAGAAGAAAAUUGUCCCUCACAUCCAGGUUGUACUGUAGAGGUAUUCUGAGAGACAUUGUCGUCAUUCUGAAGAAGAGAGCAAGCAGUACGGUAUGUAACAUGUACAUUGGGGUUGUGAUAAAGCUGAAAAAUGUGUUUCUGGUUUGUUUAUAACAAAAGAUCGGAAAAGUUGCAAUGUAUAGUCUAUGCGUUAAUGUAUAAUUGUUGUGUAAAUUGACGCCCAAUCCUGUACAACACUAGUUACAAUAUGGACAAGGGAAGCGAAUUCUUUUUAUCACGUUUUUUACCAAAAAAAAGAAGAGAUUAUUUGUAAAAUAUUGUAGGAAUCAGUCAUUAGUUGUGCAAUAUAUCAUCUGUUUUUUUAAAUACUGUAGUUUGCUUUCUAAGACAAUUAAAGAAGAAAGAAAAAUUGUAAAA